AUGAAAAGAGAUCAAACAAACGGUCUGCUGCUUAUUUGCUGUUUGUCUGCUGUUUUGCUGGUCAGUGUGGUAGCUCAACAUUUUUGUAACACAAAGGUCCUAUGCAAACCAGUCAAAAAAAUCGUUGAUCAAAAUGAAAUCAACUUUUGUUGGAACAAAGUGAGACUGCCAAAAACUUUGGUUCCUCAGAGUUACGAGGUCCUCAUUCAUCUUAAUCUUCAGAAAUUUGUUUUCAGCGGCUGGUCUCGUGUUGAAGUGUUUGUCAAAAAGAGCACUGAUUUCAUCGUCAUGCAUACGAAAAACUUGACCAUCCAAGAUAUCUACGUACAAUACAAGAACCGCAAUGAUAAAAUAACUAUAAAAAGACACGACAUCGAUAAAGAUUUUGAGCAGUUGCAAAUUGAACUUGGCACCUUACUCAACAAGUCGUCAAUCAUCUCAAUCAACAUCUCAUUCAGUGGAGCACUCAGAGACGAUUCUUUGGGAUUUUUUGUUGACUCUUACACUAACAAGGAUGGCGUUACGAGAUACUUGGCAGCCACACAAUUCCAGCCAACAGAUGCGAGGUCUGCCUUUCCUUGUUUCGAUGAGCCACACAUGAAGGCACGUUUCAAGUUCAGCAUCAUCAGGCCUAGCAACUACAUCUCGCUCUUCAACACGGAGAAGGUAGAGAAGGCAGUGUCCAGCAGUGAAAUGAUGGACAUCUUCAACAACUCCGUCAGGAUGAGCACCUACUUGGUUGCCUUUGUUGUCUGCGACUUUCUCUCAAAAUCUCAAAUAAGCAAAAGUGGAGUUAAUAUAUCAGUAUACACCCAACCAGAAAACAUCAACGAUGCUGCCUUUGCUUUGGACGCAGCUACUAAACUACUCGAUUACUUCGAAGAAUUUUAUGGAAUCAAGUACCCCCUUACAAAAUUUGACAACGUGGCAGUCCCUGGAAUGGCACUGGAUGGCAUGGAGAAUUGGGGUCUGGUUUUGUAUUUAGCUGAUUACAUUCUUUACAACGUAGAGGACUAUUCAGAUCAGAACAAGAUCCUCGUUGCAAAUUUAGUUGCACAUGAAGUUGCUCAUCAAUGGUUUGGCAACUUGGUAACAAUGGAGUGGUGGGAUGAUAUCUGGUUGAAUGAAGGGUUUGCUUCGUACGUUGAAUACAUUGGAACUAGGCAUCUCUUUCCUCAUUGGCCGCUUAUGGAGACGUUUUCAUUUGACGUAUCUGCGCCCGCUAUGGCGGAAGAUUCACUAGAUUCUUCUCACGCAAUCUCAAAUCCUGUGCCCGAUCCCAAGAAGAUCAUGGAGAUAUUCGACACGAUUUCAUACAGCAAAGGUGCGGCCAUCAUCCGAAUGUUGGAGCACGUAGUUGGUGCUGAUGCUUUUCAAAAGGCUCUGAAGGCCUACCUCAGGCAACACCAAUACAAAAGCGCUAGGAACAAAAACUUGUGGAAUGCUUUCAAUCAAUUAACAGACUUCAAAGACGUGAACGUGAAGGAAAUGAUGGAGACGUGGACACUUCAGAUGGGUCUGCCCCUGGUCACCAUCAACAGAGUUGGACGUAACGUGACAUGCCGUCAGGAGAGAUUCGUCAUCAUUGAUCAUUCGAAGUUGGGGGAUUUCAAACCAGAAGCAUCGAAGUACAAUUACAUGUGGUACAUUCCGCUCACCUACAUGACAAGCAGGAAGGCUUCCAAUCGUGAGAUUGUGCUUUUGAAAGAGAAAUCAAAACAAUUUGACCUGCCCGAAGACGUAACUUGGUUGAAAGCCAACACCGACAUGACAGGGUUCUACAGAGUACAUUACGACAACAAUGGCUGGUCGGAUAUUAUUGCACAACUCAAAUCGGAUCACACCGUUUUCAGCGUGAUCGAUCGAGGCAGUCUGAUGAAUGACAUAUUUGCUCUCGUCAGGUUGUUUACAUUACUUCUAACCAUAUUUUCAUCACCAGAGAUAGCUCAUUUUCAAAAAUGA